UGCACACCUGUUGAGGUACAUAGGGUUGUCUGUAGGAGUGCUGUGUCGGACGGUAGCUCCUGUCUCUCCUGCCGGUACAAGAUGAAGGGACUUGCCGCCUUCCUCCUCUCGGUCCUGCCGGCCCUGGCCGCCGCCCACUCCUGGAUCACCUGCACGGACUAUCUGGAGAUGAACGGGGAGUACUGGGACCACACGCUGUGCAGGGCCUUCCCCAGGUCUGCUGCAAGGAUGGUUCCCCGGACGGAGCAGUUCGGCUCCCACGACACGUACUCGUACUUCCCGAGCCCCGGCGCCGUGUGCCGCACCUCCCGCAACGACGCCACCGAGUACGCCGCCGACCACCCCAUGGCCACGUACUACCAGGGGCAGACCGUCAUCCUCACACAUCCCACCAAGAACCACGUUGCCGACGUCAAGUGCACCAACAAGUACAUCCCGGAUAACGGGAACUGGAUCGCCGUGGGCCCGGUCAACGGUGCGACCGACCCAGGCAUGUUCGACGGGCCUGAGUGGACUGAGAUCGCCGACAUGGGCAAGGCGCCAGUCGGGUAUGAGAUCCCGGAUGCAGUGACGUCGACCUACCCGAAGCCAGGGUUCCAGAACGCGCCCAAGUUCUGUGAGAACAUGGACAAAUCCAUGGGCACCUACAACUUCACCAUUCCCUCCAACCUCACACCUGGCCGGUACACGUUCCUGUGGAAGUGGAUCUUCAACGCCGGGGAGCUGCCGUACACUAGCUGCUGGGAGGCGGACGUGGUCGCCACCAAGGAGGAGAGGAACGCCAUCUACACUAACAUGGGCUUGUCCACAAUCGACUUCUGGUACGCUGGUGGAACCACGCCCGUGGUGCCGCCUGUCAUCCCUGUGGUGGACGGUCUUGGAGGGUCGGACAACACUGGUACUGAUACCGGUACCACCGACAAUACUGGCACAGGUACCACGGACAACACUGGAACCGGUACUAUCGACAAUACCGGCACCAUCGACAACACUGGUACCGGUACCAUCGACAACACCGGAACCGGUACCAUCGACAACACGGGUACUGGUACCACCGGGGGUACCAUCAUCCCCCUGUCCUUUGCCUUUAACGUGAACGCGUGGCCCGGUGGCGGCCAGGGUACCAUAAUCCUGCCCAGCCCCCGCCCAUCCGGGGACUGGUACGUGGAGAUUAAGUUCCCCUGCGCAGGAUCCACCUUGGUUUUUGACACUUGGCACGGUGACCAGGUUCAGACGGCUGACGAGCAGGCCCACGGGAUCUUCAAGCUCACGCAGACGGGCUGGCAGCUGGAGAAGGACGACAUCGGCUUCGUCGUCAACACCAUGGCGGGCUGCUUCGUGGACGAGAACCAAGUCACGGCCCAGAUCGUCGCCAACUGACGCGUUACAGUCACGCACACUGACGCGUUACAAUCAAGCACACUGUUUCGAAAGGCUGGCUUGUGUGUGGGCGGGCUGACAAUGCCCUUACGGGGACCAUGGCCAUAUGAUGUCUUGAUUAAACUCUGCAAA